AAAUAAUUGGGGGAUGGAAAUAGCUUGGCGUUACUCGACUCCUUUCUUUUCAAAUAUAAUUUCACGUCAAUAACAAAAUUGGCAGCCGUUGUCUUUUCAAGACUACAACUACCUCCUCCUUCUUCUCCGACCUCCGCCAUGGACAUCGCCGGCGAUGAGCCUACAACACCCAUCUCCACCCUCCGACGACGUAACUCCAUCGCAACACCAUCCGAUAUAAAGCUCCACACUAAUGACGUCUACUCUUCUUCCACCACCACUACCACGACGGCGUCUUCCUCAUUAUCUUCUUCAGCAGAUUUCGAGCUGGUGUCUCUCAAACCAGCUUCCUACACCUCCCUCCGCGACAUCCUUCCAUCAACAGCCGCCGUUGUUCAGUCCCCAAAAGUCCCCUCCUCCGCCGUUCAUUCCGGUUACGAGAUUUCGAUCCGAAACCGGCUCGUGAAACAGGCCGCCUGGGCGUACCUUCAACCCAUGUCGACCUCCCCUGAAUCCGGUGGAUCCACCGUCUUCCACCGUCUCUGGACUCGAUUCUCCGACGCUUUCCUCCAUCUCAUUACUCAAAUCUGCGAUUGCAUGCUCCGGUGUACUCCAAUCACAACUACCACCAACUUCCGAUUAUAACAAAAAAGGUAAUCAAGUCAACUGUACAACACCCAAAUCGGGGAUUCGUUUCGAUUUCUCUCCAAUUUGUAGAAACAAUAAACCAAUCGAAUUAAUAAUAAGAAUUAGAAUACAAA